AUGGGGAGAUCUGGGCUCUGUGCUUUGCUGUUGUUACUGCUGGGACUCGCUGCAUUAACUCGCUCCUCCCCGCUGCACCCCAUCUGUGACACCCGAGUCAUGGAGAAAUUCAUCAAGGAGGCCAGGGACACUGAGAACGCUGUGGAAGGUUGUACAAAUUCUUGCAACUUAUCAGAAGUUCUCACGGUGCCCGACACAAAGGUUAAUUUUAACGAGUGGAAGAAAAUGGAUAGGCAGACGCAGGCGGCGGAGGUGUGGGGGGGGCAGGCCCUCCUCUCGGCCGCAGUGCUCCGGGCCCGGGCCCUGGUCCCCGACCCCUCCCUGAACCAGCAGCUCGGGCGCACGUACAGCAACCUGCGCAGCAUCACCCAGAUCCUGCGCAGCCACGAUGCCCAGGUGGAGCCGGCCCUGCCCCCUGCCCCGCCCCCCACCCUCAGCGUCCGGACACUGGCCAAACUCCUCAGCGUCCACUCCAAUUUCCUGCGGGGGCGGGUCAAGCUGUUCCUGACGGACGCCUGCAGGCCUGACACCAGGUGAGGGGCUCCCACCCAGCCCCGAUCACCACAGCACUCCGCCCCCUCCCCCCUCGGAGCCUUCUUGCUGGCAGAUGAUUGACAGCCGCCAAUCAUCCACCCACUGGACAGCAGACAUGGAGCCUUGGGAAAACCUCGCUUGGUGAUUGACAGCUGUCAAUCAUCCUGGAGUAUUGGCAGGAACUCAGCUUCUCUUGGCAGGGGUGUUAAACAUUGAUGGGUGACUGACAGCUGUCAAUGACCCCAAGCCACACUGCCUAGACUGUUGCCAGCACAUCACAGGAGAAAUACAAAGAUGAUUGACAGCUGCCAAUCAUCCUGUGUUUGGUAUUUGGAAUUCCGCAUGAAUAAAGUGGUGGAGGAGGAGAACAUUGCUACAGGGCAGCUGAUGAAAGAUUGACAGCUGUCAAUCAACCCAGACUGCAGGGAGACAGACGAGCCGUCCUGGAAGAGGAGAGAGAUCCAGCGAACUGAUGCCUGUCACCCGGCCCCGAGCCUGGCAUAGACCUCG